CGACUGCUGGUGCCUUUUGCUCGGUGGGACGAGCCUGCAGACUUGGCACGCUCCUGGGACGACCCCUCCAGCUCGCCAGGCCCCCCCACAGCCCAGGAUGAUGCCCUGCUCCGGUCUCUGUCUCCCACAGUCAGAGCCCCACUGAGGAUGGACCCCGCCCCGAGCGUCAUGGAGCUGCGCAGAGAUGCAAAGGCCGGGAGUCCUGAGCAAGAACCGCCGUGGCAAGCCCUCCCGGUUCUGUCAGAGCAGCAGUCUGGGGCUGUGGAGCUGGUGCUGGCCUAUGCUGCGCCCAUCCUGGACAAGAGCCAGACCUCACGCCUCCUCAAGGAGGUGUCAGCAGUCCACCCGCUGCCUGCGCAGCCUCACCUCAAGAGGGUGCGGCCCAGCCCUGACCCCAGCCGCCCGCACUCGCUGGAAAUACUGCUGUGCCUGGCGGGGCCGGCCCGGGACUCGCGAUCGCUGGCCGAGCUCCUCCCGCGGCCAGAUGUGGACACCCGUGGCUUGGGGCAGCCCUUCCUGGUGCCUGUGCCUGUGCGGCCGCCCCUGACCAGGAGCCAGUUCGAGGAGGCGCGCACUCACUGGCCCACGACUUUUCACGAGGACAGGCAGGUGACCCGAGCCCUGGCUGGAUGCCUUUUCUCGGCACAGGAGCGGGCUGCAAUGCAGGCCCACAUGGAGCGGGCUGUGUGGGCUGCGCAGCAGGCAGCCUCGAGGGGCUUGAGGGCAGUGGGCGCGGUGGUGGUGGAUCCGGCCUCAGGCCGCGUGCUGGCCACGGGCCACGACUGCAGCACUGCCGCCAGCCCCCUGCUGCACGCUGCCAUGGUGUGCAUUGACCUGGUGGCACGAGGCCAGGGCUGCGGUGCCUACAACCUGGCGCCCCACCGUGCCUGCUCCUUCGUGCCGGCUGUCCGCGCCGGCUCUGUGCGCAAGCUGGAUGAGGACGAGGACGGGCUGCCCUAUGUGUGCACCGGCUACGACCUGUACAUCACCCGCGAGCCCUGCGCCAUGUGCGCCAUGGCCCUGGUCCACUCUCGAGUGCGGCGUGUCUUUUAUGGGGUGCCCUCGUCUGACGGCGCGCUGGGCACCCGCUUCCGCCUGCAUGCCCGGCCUGACCUCAAUCACCGCUUCCAGGCCUUCCGCGGUGUCCUGGAGGCCCAGUGUCGCCGACUGGACCCCGACGGGCUAGACGCUGAGGCAUAGGCGCUGGCCUAG